CUUCUUCGUUCAUUUCGUUGUUGGACGCCAUAGUCGACGUUUCGUUUCGCAGGGAAGUGGACAGUAAAUCGCGAACUUUUUCGUGAAAAACCUUGUCUUUAAUAAUUACUGCUUGAAACAUUUGAACGGACGAUGGCAGGAGCCGAAUCACCUAAAUUAAAACAGGAAUCGCAGAAUGCAUCUGCGGAGAAUAGUAAUGAAAAUCCACGAGAACGGAAUCCUCCUGGUGGCGGCAACCGCGGCCCUCGCGGACGAAAAGGAGGAACACGUUUUUCUGGCGGACGUGGUGGCGGAAUGGGCGGAGGGAACAGAAAUAAUGAUGGACCGAUGAAGAUGAAUGAUCCUAUGGAUGGUGGUAUGGACAAUACUAUAAACGAAGGAAUAGGCGGAGGUAUGGGAGGAGGUAUGGGAGGAGGUAUGGGAGGAGGUAUGGGUAUUGGACGUGGCGGUGGAAUGCGUGGUGGUAGAGGUGGCCGUGGAGGGGGUGAUAGAAACAUGGGAAAUCGAUCACAAGAUAAAAAUCGAUAUCCGCCAUCAGAGGCCCUCUUCGAUUUUGUGUGCCACGUUGAAUGUGUUAAUAUAAUAUGCGAUCGUUUAAUGGAACGGAUUAUGGCUAUUAGUGGUCCUACACAUGAUCUAUCACCCCCAGAAACCACGGAAAAGAAAUUCAGUGGUCGUAAUCGUCUGUAUAUUGGAAACUUGUCAAAUGAUGUUACAGAAGAGGAAAUUCAACAGAUCUUCCAACAAUAUGGUGAAAUAUCCGAACUUUUUGUAAAUAAAGAGAAAAACUUUGCAUUUCUUAGGAUGGAUUAUAGGGUAAAUGCCGAAAAGGCAAAACAUGAGUUAGAUGGAAAAAAUGUAUUUACAAAUAGUAAAGGACGUGCACUUAAGGUUCGUUUUGCUCCACAUUCUUCGACAGUCAAAGUUAAAAAUCUUACACCUUGGAUUACGAAUGAAUUGCUUGAGAGGGCAUUCAGUGUCUUUGGUGAAAUUGAACGGGCGAUAGUUAUAGCGGAUGACAAGGGAAAAUCUACUGGAGAGGGAAUUGUAGAAUUCUGCAGAAAACCGUCAGCCCAACUUGCUUUACGAAAGUGCACAGAAGGAUGCUACUUUUUAACCGCGUCUCUACGUCCUGUAGUUGUUAAACCAUUUGAAUUACUAGAUGACAUUGAUGGUUAUUCAGACAAAAAUCUACCUCGGAAAAAUCAGGAAUUUUUUACAGCUCGCGAUAUUGGCCCAAGAUUUGCAAAGAUAGGAAGUUUUGAAUAUGAAUAUGGCACGAGGUGGAAACAACUGCACGAAUUAUAUGAACAGAAAGAAGAAGCACUAAAAAGAGAAAUGGCAAUGGAGGAAGAAAAAUUGGAAGCUCAAAUGGAAUUUGCACGAUAUGAACACGAAACUGAAUUGUUGAGAGAACAACUGCGUAUGCGCGAGGCCGAUCGUGAGAGACAAAAGCGAGAAUGGGAAAUGAAAGAAAGACAGGCUGAAGAACAAAGAACGCGUGAAGAAGAACUACGAAGGAGACAACAAGAAGAAAUGGCAAUGCGUAUUAGAAGACAAGAAGAGGAGUUACAUCGUCGUCAGCAAGAAAAUAAUUUAUUCAUGCAGGAGCAAACAAUGAGAGGAGGUGGAGGAGGCGGGAUGGGAGGAAAAAAUUAUGAUUCCGUUGGUAAUAAUGACCGCGAUGGAUAUGGACAGCCAGAUGGUGGAAGCAGCAUGCCAGUGGAUCCAAAGUCUUUUAUGGAUGCUUAUAAUAGUAUGGAUCGUGGUAGCCGUGGGGGUUACAACGACGAUCGUAGUCAAAUAAUGGAUUUGAUGGAUAUGAGGGUCGAUAUGGGCAAUAUGGGUGGUGGUCGUGGAGGUAGUGGUGGUAGUGGACGUUGGCAAGGUGGAAGUGAUCGUAAUCGUCAGGAUGACUAUCCUAAUAAAAGAAGACGCUAUUAAAAAUGUUGCGGUAUUAACAUAACUUCCCUUUUCUAAUCGAUUGAGAAGAAUCGACAGUUCGCAUUGUAGUCAUUUUUUUUUUUUUUUUUUUAGCAAAAUUUGUUAUCGAUCAUCUUUCACGUUUUAUAUCAUGGCACAGUGUUUCGAGUAUAUGGGCGUUCAGGGCAAAAAUCAUAACAUUGUAUCUGUAGACAAUUUUUCCUUCAAUUCACUCUUUGGUUUUAAAUUCGACUUUCGUUCUUUGUUAAAAUGUAAAUACUACGAUUAUAUUCAUUCAGGGCCAAAUUCAGAACAUACGCGUGUUUGCAUCAUGACACAUGAAUCAUUUGUUGCUAUUAAAUAUUGCCUUGUAUGUCUAGUUCGAUAUUUCCUUAAUUUUAUUAUAUCAUUUUCUGUGUUUUGAUACACUUGUAUCAUAGUUUAUGAUAAGUAAAUUGUACAAAUUUUUAUUACAGUUUUCCCUAGAACUGUUGCGGCUAUGACAUUUCCUCCGUAUAUAUCUUAUUUCAUUAUGAUGUCUAACUACUAUAGCUUCUUUAGACAACGUUUUGAUAAAUAUUGUCGCGCGUGUAAUAAUAUCUAUUCUGUAAAUUAAUAAUUUAUACAAAGACAUAUUAUACCAUUCAUAAACAGAGAAAUAUAUCGUUAUUGUUUUUUGUAACAGUCUUCAAAUACCAUUUCGUGUUCUUAUCUGAAUUUGUUUUUCAAGAAAAUAGAAAUUACAAGAUGUAUAAUACUAUCAAAUUUGUAAUACGACUAUAUUGAUAAUACUGUACAAAAGUAAUACGAUAACUAUAGCAAACAAAAGAAAAUUUAACGAAAAAUAAACAGUAUCUAUAUAAUGAAGGAUUACGAAUGUGUUUAGUGGGUCAUAUAGCAUUUUGCGUAACGCUCGAACGUGCCAUUUCGACCAUCUUUUCUAUUUUGAGCAAACUUUAGACAAUUGAAAAUUUGAUUUUAAUAUAAAAUUUAUUACUAUUCUUUGCAUUAAAAAAGUCAAGAUCAUUUGUUAUUAUUGAAAUUGAAUUAACUCUCACCAGUUUCAAAGGUGAUAGGAUACUGAAUUUUUAAGAAAAAUCAGAUUAAAUAUGCAAAUGCUCUGAUUUUUGUGAUAAGCUUUAUGCCUCAAUUUUAGUAACAAAUUAAUAUAUUGAAAAGUCAUAUUAAUAUUAUAAACUACAUUUCAUUAUUAAUAUUUCAAGAUGGAACAAUCUGUAGAUCCUAAUUCUUUUUUUCAUUAGCUCUCUUUAUUUUCUUUUUCUCUUUUUUUCUUUCUUAUUUCUCUCUUUUCUUUUUCUCUUUUUCUCUUUUUUUGUCCAUUGAUCGAAAUACUGUGCAUAAAGGCGAAACAAUAUUAAUAAGAAUGAAUAGGAAACAAUGAAAGGGUGAUAUGUGAUGAUUGAGAGAGUGUGCUUUUAUAUUUUUCAACGUGGAUCUGAUUUCGUGAUAUCGCGAAUUAUUUUUUAUUCACGAGGCAUUACUUCAAAAAAUUUCAAGGGAGUACCCUAUCUUGUGAGCCUAGAAAACAGAUAAAUUAAGACUUUCCGUCUUAGGGUAAUUAUCGUGUGAAAUAUCGGGAUUUUCUUUCAAAGGAUGUUGAACAACGUUUUAUAUUCAGUUUUAUUGUUAUUGUCUAAAAUUACAAAACGGCGGAGUUAUGCAACAUUAUUAUCUAUUGUCAUGUUUAACAAAGCCUUGGAAUCUAGUAUCGAAAGUGACUGGAACGUAAAACAAAAAAAAAUUCCAUAUCAACCUAAGGAAAAAUAAAGUAUCUAUAACGUGUAGUUCACUAUCCUUAGGUAACUUUCAGUAAUAUAUAAAUGAUGGUAUUUGAAAGGAAAUGGGUUUUCAUCCUACAAAGUUAACUUUUGUAAAAGUUGAACAAAUUUAAAUAUCAGACAAGAUCGUACGCUAUGCAUUUUUUACGUAAUCUUAUAAGAAAUAAUACGUAAAAAUUUAAAGUUAGUCGAAUAUAGUUAGUACUUGACAUCUACUUUGGGUCUCACGUGAGAACGAUGUUUUCAUAGCCGUUUAAGCCAAUAUUUUAACGAAAUAAAACAAACUUUUUAAGAAUUUAUCCUUAGCUCGCAGUUCUAACACUAUAACACAGGAUGCUUCUGGCUGGGAAACUUUCAUCAGCUUGUUUUAAAGCUACUCUCAGUAAUUAUGGAAUUUCUUUGGACCUCUAUCGUGUUCCUGAAUUAUCGCGCGUUUAGGCGUCGUUCGUUUACUUCUUCAGAAAAAUUGCUUGUACUACUUCCAAUAACCGAUAUCAUAAAUUGCUUCAUUAAUGAUAUUGUUUUAUAUCAACUGUUGAGAAGAAUAAUGGCAGCAACGAAAUCUGCAAUUUUUCUCAUCACCAUUCUCCAUUUUGUUAUUACAGAUUAUUAUCUUCGGGACAAUUGUCCAAAUUACAGAAUUUACACUCACUCUUAUUGUUUUGCGUGAAUCACCCCAUACCGUUUUUCCGGAUUAUUUCAGCCGAGACGGUUUCCUAACAUUACUUCAAUAAACAAACAAUUAAAAGGUUUUAUCGAUAUUGAAAAAUUAACCGAAAUUUCUGUUUCACAAACGUUAUAUCAGAUCUUCCUGCUUGACGCAAUAUACAGUGAUUUUUGGUGCCGUAACUUCGCCAAUUUUCGAAUUUCGAAAAAUCCAAUUACGCUAUUCUACGAAAUAUUGAAAAUAACUUCGGUUUUUCGAAACCGACAAGGUUAGGGGUACUCCCUUCCCAAAUAUAAAUUUACGAAUGUGUGUUAAAUACAUGGGAAGCCCUUUUAAAAGGAUUUAAUAGUACUUUUCAAUUUGAUGUAUUAACAAAUUGUAAAUAUUUUAACAGGCAUACUUUUGAGCCAUCAAAAAAGCAAAAUAUCAUGGUACUGUUAAAACAUGGACUAUUAACAUAAUCAUAUCAUUUUCAAGGAUAAGGAAACGAUUUGAACUGUACGCCUCUUAAUCCCCCAUAAGACUGUUCUAAAGAUGAUAAAGAUAUGAGAAUCGCAUAUAAUGGUAAAACUGAAUUUAAAUUUGCGGUGUCACUAUAACAUACAGUAAUGUAGACAAACGUAUAUUCACUGUCAAUUAGUACUUUCAAUAAAAUAAUCAUCUCAUAGGAGUUUCUAUUUAUGAAACAAUAUGUAAAUAUUACAAAUAAUAUAGUAUAUUACUUUUCAUUACUAUUGUAUUGUCAUACUAUAUACUAUUCGUAGUUCAUUAUUUCAUUUGAUUCGGUAGUUUUUCAGAGUGAAAGUUAUAUACACUGUCCGUACUUUUAGCUUUGUUCUUUACGAUUAAAAAGUUAGUUCGUAAGUAAAAAGUGCGAUUUUAGUAAAUCGAUAUCGGUCAUUUGGUAGCUUAUCUUUCUAAUAACGAGUAAAAUUUCUUAUAUACGUGUCUGUGUCAAAGUUAGUUUUACCCUGUGCAUUAUGCAUAUUCAUACGUUAUGUGUCUUUAUGUUAACGAUGGUGUGAGUGUCGCCACGAGAAGAAGUAUAUGCAAUAUCUGCAUUACUUGAAGCUUUAUAAAAUUAAUUAAUUAUAUUAGAAUAAGACGUAUAUCUCAGCAGCAGUUAAUCAAUCUGCGCUUGUGCUAUUCAAAUCUUGUGAAGGAACAUAAUUGACAGAAAGUAAUUUUAUGAAUAAAGGUUUACAUAUAUAUCCAUA